CUAAAAUUAAACCAUUGAAGCUGUUACUAAACCGAACGGAUUUAAACAAACCACUGAAGUCUCAUCAUCACCCAAAUUCAUCGAAAUUUUCCCGGUAACUAAGAACAGGCAUGGCCAGGGAGCUUGUGUCUCUUCAAUACCUCCGACCUCCACUUCACAUUUCUCGUCAAUUUCUAAACCUCUCUUCUCCUCCUUUAACUCUCAAUCUCCGGCCAAAACCUCCGCAAAAUCCAAUCUUUAUCCGAACCGACUCUCACCGCAACAAAACUUCCGCCGACGAUAACGGAAUCCCAGCAGAGGACGUCAAAACCAUCGCCAAAUUCAAAUCCCGUCACAAUUACAUCAGAGUCAUCGAAGUUUCACGAAAAACCAAUCACCCACUCGCUGGUUCUCGUCUCCUCCUUCUCGAUAAUCCCGGUAACAUCCAUAGCAUCUCUUUCCUUCUUAAAACCUUAACCGAUAGUUACUUCGACGUUUUCGCUACUCUGCCUCCGAUUAUACCUCCCGGACCAAUUGGUAUUCUCGGAUUCGGAGCUGGUUCAACAGCUAGAUUGAUUCUUGAGCUUUAUCCUCCUGAGAUCGCUGUCCAUGGAUGGGAACUUGACCCUUCCGUGAUUGACGUUGGUAGAGAGUUCUUUGGUCUCUCUAAGCUCGAAAGAGAUCAUAAAGAUAGGAUUUUUAUCAACAUUGGUGAUGCUUUGAACGCUAGUGUUAAAACCGGGUUUUCGGGUAUUUUAGUGGAUUUGUUUAGUAAAGGGAGUGUGAUCAAAGAGCUUCAAGAUCCUCAAGUGUGGGAGGAUUUGAAAUCUAGGUUGAGAUAUAGAGGGAGGAUUAUGGUGAAUGUUGGAGGUAAAUGUGUGGAAGCUGAGGAUUCAGAUAGAGAUGGAGCUUUGGUUAUGGAGGAAACGUUGAGAGUGAUGAGUCAGGUUUUUGGAGAUAAGCUAUUUGUUCUAACGCUUGGGAAUGGGAAUGAUAGCUCGGUAGCUUUAACGGGUGAUUUACCGGAUCUUGAUGCGUGGAAGAAGAGAUUACCGCGUAGUGAAUUGAGAAGCUAUGUUGAUAUGUGGAUACCUUAUAGAGAAUUCUGCUUGAGAUAUUAGUCUUUAGAUGAUAUUGGUUGAUAAUCAGUUUUUGUGAUGGAUGCUGCAAUGUGUUUGGAAUUCAAGCUAUGAUGAAACCUGAUUAGCUAAUACACAAAACUUGUUCUGUCUCAGAGAGUGUUUGUUACAAGUGUACAAAUUAUUGCUUGGUCAUCGUGUCUUUAUUGGUGAUGAAUAUUAAGGUUGUCUAGUUCUUUCAGAGGGAUUGAGAAUUUGAGAUUACUCAUUACUGUUAUGUAUGAUUUGUUCUGGUAUUAUUAAACCUAAAUUCGACAAUGAUCUUUGUCUCGCUCUGUUUAAUCCAAAUCGAAAAUUGUGUCUCUCAUCUUC